AUGGAGUGGACCAGAGGGCACGUUAUAGGCCGCGGCGCCACCGCCACAGUGUCGAUAGCCACUUCAAGUUUGGGGGACGUGUUAGCUGUCAAAUCGGUAGAGCUAUUGAAAUCCGAGUUCUUGAAAAGGGAGGAAAAGAUUUUGUCCGCUUUGAGUAGUCCUUUUGUAGUUGGCUACAUAGGGUGUGAUGUUACUCGAUACAACAAUACAAUCAUGUUCGAUUUGAUGAUGGAGUACGCUCGUUAUGGUUCGCUUGUGGACGCCAUUCACAAGUGUGGCGGCUGCCUUGAUGAACCCAUGAUCAGUCACUACACAAGCCAUAUUGUCCACGGAUUGGAAUAUCUCCAUUCAACUGGUGUAGUGCAUUGUGAUAUCAAGGGGAGAAACAUUCUGAUAGGAGAAGAUGGUGCCAAAAUUUCCGAUUUUGGUUGUGCCAAGAGAAUUAAAAAUCCAGGGGAAAGUACAAGGGAUGAUAGAGAAGCGUGGAUAGGAGGCACACCGGCGUUCAUGGCUCCGGAAGUAGCAAGAGGGGAGGAGCAGGGAUUUCCAGCUGAUAUUUGGGCAUUAGGAUGCACGAUUAUUGAAAUGGCGACUGGCGGUUCGCCUUGGCCUAAUCUUACCCAUCCAUCAUCACUACUUUAUCGAAUUGCCUUGUCGGAAGAAUUACCGGAGUUUCCAGCCUUCCUUUCGGACAAAGCUAAGGACUUCUUGAAUAAGUGCUUAAGAAGGGAUCCAAAAGAGAGAUGGACAGCUACACAACUUGUUAAACAUCCAUUUCUUGAGGAAUUAUCCAGUGUGAAGAAAUCAACAAACGACGACACUGCUGACUCACCAACAAGUAUUCUUGAUCACGGUAUUUGGAGCUUCAUCGAUGAAUCAGAAACUCCGUACAAUCAUAGUCGAACAUACAGUACCUUGAAUUCUCCAAACCAAAUAUUGAAACAGUUGUCGAUGAAUUCAGGAUCGAUGGUUAACUGGAAUAGGGAAGACAGUUGGAUAACAAUUAGAGACAGUGAAGAUAACAAUAUUAGGCGGAUUCAAUGA